AAUAACCCUGAUUUUCAUACGUCUUGGCAUGCUCUCCACCAGUCUUUCACAUUGCUGUUUGGUGACUUUAUGCCACUCUUGGUGCAAAAAUUCAAGCAGCUCGACUUUGUUUGAUGGCUUGUGAUCAUCCAUCUUCCAUAUCACAUUCAAGAGGUUUUAAAUGGGGUUCAUGUCUGAAGAUUGGGCUGGCCAUGACUGGGUCUUGACCUGGUGGUUCUCCAUCUACACCUUAAUUGACCUGGCUGUGUGGCACGGAGCAUUGUCCUGCUGGAAAAAAAACGAUCCUCAGAGUUGGGGAACAUUGUCAGAGUAGAAGGAAGCAAGUUUUCUUCCAGGCUUGAUUCAUGUGCCCGCCACAAAGACGAAUAUACCUGAUUCCAGCCUUGCUGAAGCUCCCCCAGAUCAUCAGCAAUCCUCCAAUAAAUAUCACAGAUACUGUAAGUUCAGAGGAAGCAGCAUCAGCUCUGUCAAGUCCUCCUGAUGAAGAGUUUGAGGGAAUCGGGGACUACGAGGAGUCUUUCCUGGCUGAAUGGUGGCAAGAACCCAAAACUAAAGGAGAUACUGGAGAACCAGCUGAAUAAACACAAACCAAAUCAUAUACUAUUAUUUAUACUGGUACCCUGAGGGAGUUUUCAUCUGGCUUCUUCCUCAUCC